ACAACAAACUUAAUUUGUUCUCCAGCACACAACGAUGGGCGAGAAGUGGACUUACUAGCCCUGAAUGGAACACUUCCAGUCGUAAUCAGAGGUGUGACAUACAAUAUUCCAGUGUGUGUCUGGUUGCAGGAGAAGCAUCCUUAUGUUCCACCACUAGUGUUUGUUAGGCCAACAAGCACAAUGGCUAUCAAGGCAUCUCAACAUGUCGACACUAAUGGAAGAGUUUAUCAUCCAUUUUUACAUGAGUGGAAUUAUCUUUACUUUUUUUCUUUUUUUUACUUUUCUUUUUUAUUCAUUUAUUUUUCUACAAUGCUCUUUUUUCCUCAGGCUGAUGUGGACAAUGAUAUCAAGCUGUUAACGCAAAAAAAUGAAGAGAUUUCUGAGGUGGUGACCAAGUUAGAAGCCAAUUCUGAUAACCUUAAUAUUGAUGAAGCUGUGGUGACCACCGCCCCUCUCUACAAUCAAAGUGCGUUCAGGAUGGUGGCUCCUUACGCAGGUGACGGACACAAAUUUGGUAGUUUGUCUCACUGUUGUUAUUGUUUUCUCUUGCAGCACGUAAGGACAUUAUCGCGGAAACAGUUUAUGUUGCGAGCCCUUCUGUACAAAGCAAGAAAAACGGCUGGUUUGAAGGAAGUUGCUGGAUAAACUGAUCUGUAGAUUUUGUCUCGGACAAAACCGCGAUCAUUUCCUAGAACGGCGAUACGUAGUUUUUGUUUUCACUUUUCUUUCCUUUGUCUCUUUCAAGCACAUAUUUUCCACUAAAUGUGGCAAGUUAUCUGAAUGUUUCUUUUUAUGUAAAUGAUUUCGUAAAUGCUGCUGACUGAGUGUCAGUCUUUUCUAAGCGGCAGAGGGAGAGGGGGACCUCUCUUAUUCUCCUUCACUAUUAGUGAAGAAGAAUAAGACAAGUCUGAAAGGUUAUAUCUGUAUCGCGUUUAAACUAGUUCCUAUACCAUAUGCUAAUGAGUGUUUCGUAGAAUUUAGAAAAUGCUCACCAAGAGCAAUUGUCUCGAUCUAAGCACCAUUUAGUCUGCUUCACUUCCUUCUAUCUGCACAGCGCUCUUUACCCAGCGUUGAAGAGAAUUAUCAACGAAAUUUAUCUGCAAACUGAAGCAAUUCCAGAAAAGCUCAUAGGGAAACAAGUACCGUUUUUAGUAGGUAUUUCUUAAGUACUCAAAGUGUUUGCGUUCUUUGUGAAAAGCAGUGAACACGUCCUGAAAGUUGCCACAUGCUCUACUUAGUGCAUGUGAUUCUGUGAGAACUGUUAGGGAUGACCUCAACUUUGGUGAAGGUGGCAUUGUACUGAUUGCAAGGAAUAGAUCUGUUUUAUAUUUCUGGUUGUAAAAAUGGAGUAAUGCUCUGUGAAUUGUACUCAGUAAAAUGCAUACUAGUGAUGUCGUGCUUCUUAUUGGUAUUUCAAGUCCAGUGAGUGAUCAGACGGUGACCAGACGGUACUUCUGUUUGUGCAGUUGAUGAAUGUAUGCACUGACUUAGGUCUUUCCACAGAUAUCCGGAUAUUUGUUGGGAUAUUUAGAAGGCUCUGAGAUAUUAAGAAAAUAUUAGGACAUUUAGAGAACUUUGGGAUAUUUAGAAAUAUGAAUAGCUUAUUUUCGACAGAGCCUUGUGUUUUUUCCUCAAUUAUUAUCUUGAAACAUAUAUUCCAAUACAUGUAAGCUUAGAUCACUAAAAGCUCAAAAGCCGCAAUUUUCCAAAAUGGCGGAUGCUGGCAACAUCGAAGCGCGUGAAUCCUCUUCCUCAAGAGACGAAGAUGAGGUCAUCCGCUAUUCCUUUUACUGCUGCAAGAAAAUGUUGAAAAUUUUUGCCUAAGUGAUCCAACAUCUGUUCAUUUUAAAACUAACAUAAGAGAUAUUCGGAGAGUUUUUCGAGAUAUUUAGAACAUUUGUGGCGAUUUUUAGAAAAAAUUUUGAGAAUUUCUGGAAAGAUAUGUGGGCGAUUUUACGUGAUAUUUGUGAAAAGGCCUGCGCUGACUUGCAAUCCUUGCUGGUAACCAUUCACUGUAUUGACAUUCAAGCAAAAGAGUUUAAAAAUGACCAAGAAAUGGUAAAGAGCAGCCUUAGGUAAAGACCUAAUCCAGUACUGCUUUGUAUUGAUUCAGUCGGAUGUCCGGUUUAUAGCAGUAGACUGAUUGCCGAAAUUGUUCAUUUUGGUGUCCUCUGCUCAUUAGAGGUGUGUUCUGAAUAGAGGUUCGUUGUAUUGUGGAAAGGUACAUGGUGCUGAGGACCAGACGUCUCCGCUUGAUAAAGGGUGUGUUUCACUGUGUUGCUUCGUUGGCUAAAGGAAAGUAGCCAACUGGUAUCCUGCUAUAAACGAUUUCACAGCAUUCAGGUGCAAAAUGCUAGUUUGUAGUCUUCAAGUCACGCCACAUUGUCCUGUCUCGAGGACUUCGAUCAGACAGGUUUCAAAAUCGUUUAAAACCAGUACGCGUCAUAAACAAAACGAGAUAUAACUCGCCAAUACUUAAAAAAGAACAUUCUCAGGAAAGGUGGAACGUAUUUUAUCAGUAACGGUCGUACUUGAUGGGAAUCGAAAGCCGCGCAAAGAAAGGCACCCAAGAUAAGUAGUGGCUAGUUGCAGCCAUGAAAAUGCUAAUGAUUUAAUGUACAAUGUUUUCGUCUGCACAAUUUUUACAGUUACUUUGCGAGUCCAUUCCUCAGUGUUGAAAUGCAUAGUACACUAUUUCGACUAUGAGUGGUAUGAAGUCUCAUCUCGGAGAUUUAAGUCUGUAGAUAUUCUCAACCCUGCUAACUGCAUCCACCAAAAAAAGCGAAACGUUCAUAAUAAGUCUGCUAGUAGGCUCACGUGUGGGGAGCACACGUGCGAGCGGCGAAGCAUGAAAUUAACUUUCCAUGGAGAAUGGCAUUCAAUACAGGAAAAUAGUGGAUAUUUGCCUACCGGUUUUUCGACCACUUCUCCUUUCAGUUUUCUUUCAAUUUAUGUGGCAUUAAAAUGCGGCAGCAGGCUAAGCCCUAAUGUGAAUGAGAAGAACCAGUAUUAUCAUUCAAACCCAACACCAAUCGAUAAAAUUGCAACUAUGUUUCAAUAGUCAACGGAAAGAGCUUGUUUUAAAGUGAAUUUAACAUACUUGAACUGCGGGAUUCUUUGAACCACAGACAUAUCAACUGUAGUGACAGACGGGAUGAAAUCACGAGAAAGAAUCCUUUGGACUUGCCGCUGUAACCUGGAGAACACGACAGGUGGGGAAAACUAUUAACCUGAUUAUUGUGUGUUUUUUACUUCAUCUAUUCGGUCACUAUAAAGUUUGGAAAGGAAUAUCUUGUUACUUUCAUCAGAAGAUCAAUACAAUAAAAUUGAAUUUACCUCCUCGAGGAAAAAUCGCUUUGACUCGCCGCACUGUGUUGGCGGAAUUGGUUCAGGUGGGAAAAACCAGUAACCUGAAAUCCGUCCUUUGGUUAUUUUAUUUUCAUACAUUUUUUUUUUUUUUCUCGUACACACCUACAGUACGACUAUAAAGGACUUAAAGUAAUAUGAUCUAGACGCAAAGUUAGAUUCCUUUAGCCCUCUGGCCGCAGGGAACUGAAGAAAUUCUAGCAAUUCCGUGUUUUUUGGGGGACAUUAUGAAAACAAUAAAAUUGUCCACCUACAAUCAUUGUCCACGUACUGACGACUAUUUGCAGCUCGUGAAGCUUCCAGCAGAGACUGCUUCAUUGCACAGCUCAAUUUGUGAUUUAAUUUACUGACUUUCUUUAACUAGUUUCGGAAAUCAGGUGUAGCACCAUUUCUUUGCUGCAUGCACUGCCACGGGAAAGAUGUCUGUUGGCCAAUAUUGUUUAACUUGCAAUUGUAAGCAAUGUUAUGAUAUAGACUAGUGAUUACUUCCCGUCCAUCGACUGUUUUGUCUUCUCCAUAACUCUUCCAGACAGUUCUUGCCCACGAUGAACUCCUCAGGUGGCCAUUUGGCCCCGGUUGUUGCCGAUUAGCGUUAAUCCAGCACUAAUCUUGUUUAAAGGCGGUUUUUAAUCCUAAUUGUAAAUUCCCAUCUGAGGUCGGAACGAAGAAACAAUUUGAUGAAGGGGAAAAAUGCAGAAAUUUAGGAAACAACACCCUCCAAAGAAGAUUUCCUAAAGCUAAAAGGUGGCACUUAAUCUCCACCCUUCGUUGCUUUCCAUCCAGCGAGUAAAAUCAGCAAGUUUACGGGUAUAUUUCCGAUCCUCAACCAGCUGAUCGCUAUCCACGUUAAUCAGUAAUCUCCGUCUAGUGAUCAGCACUAAGUACUUAAUCUUGUUUAAAAGUGGUUUUUAUCGCUAAUUUUAACUUUCCACCCGAUAGGACGAAGAAACAAUUUAACGAAGGGGAAAAUAUGCAGAAGCCAUGAUCAAGUUCAUAAUUUUCUGUAUACAUAAUUACAGGGUAGCUAUGAUUCUACUAUCAAAAAUCGGGCUGAGAUGUUUAGUAAUUGACGAAAAUGCUAUUGGGUGCUUUCGUGUUCUCCUAAUGGCACAAACAUGGGAUGCAGUGUAGAAACCAAUUAAAUCCCGAUAAGAUUUCCUAAUGGUACUUUAUUUCCACCACUUUAAUUGCUUUCUAUCCAGCAAGUAAAAUUUAUAGGCUUUUUAUGCCUGAUAAGCUUUCCUAACAUCUGAUCGCUCGGGUGACUCGUGAAAGAUCCGUAUAAUAACCCUUGCAACCAUUUCUUCAGAUAAUAACAGCUUUAUUGAAGUGUCAAUGUAUUUAGACACUAAUCUCUCAUUGUCUGUAAGAUCUACUGCAUUUUCUGAUCGCUAUUUCCAGUUUUCUUAGCCUAUAUAUUUACGGCAGUUGUUUCUACUUCAUCAGUUUAUUCAAACGGUUAACUGAGUAAAUGGAUGGGUUUUUCGUAGAAUAGUAAUCAAGUAAGUAAGUAAGUAAGUAAGUAAGUAAGUAAGAACUUUAUUUAAGUGUCAAUGUAUUUAGCCCAUGUGGGCUAAUUGGGAACACCGUAUUAACUCUACCUAAAACUUUUCAUUAAUAGUGUUAUAAGAUUCUCUUAAAAAAAUUAAAAUUGAAAUAUUGGCAAACAAUGAAAGGAAAUAAAUAGUGUUGCCCUUGCAUCAUGAUGUAAAGGGAGGGUCAUGCAAAGACAAUCGUAGAUUGCAGUUUAGUGUAGAACCAUAAUCUUAGCUCAUGUAUUGCAUAUUCACACGUAUUGUUCAUCGUUCUUUCGGGGUUCAGUUCCCAUAUUGAAGAUUGAAAAAGAUCAUUUAAUGAAAUCAAUUACCAAAACCCGAAGUCUCGCACGCCUACCAACUUAAUUGAACGAAACGACUUUGGCUGCUCAGGUACGCCUACUUUAGGUCCUCAAAUCGCCUUAGUCGCCCAUUUGCCAGUAGUCGCUUUUCUGGGUAGCCUAACACCACGACUUCCCUCCAGUUUUUCAUAGAUCGCUUUAAGUCUUCCAAAUCGCGUUAUAUCGCCCAAAUUUACUUAGCGACUUUCCGACCCACAUUGGUAAUAAACCUGUUCAGGAAAUUCCUGUGCAUCUUGGAACUUGGCACCAUCUAGUUUCCCCAUGGUGCAGUUCAGUGCGAUCAACGUUCCGUUCGCUGUAGUAGUUUCAUGAGGAGACAAUCUUUUCUAACUUUUGAACUAUUUUUUUUUUCUUUUCCAUACCUCUUCAAUAAUGGAAAAAACUCAUGAAUGUAACGAUGCAGGUUUCCAUUUGACAUGUACAGUGGACAGGUGAACAACGUUUACUUUAAAAACAGCACUUGGGCGUUCAGUUGAAAGGUCACUCACUUUGUGGUCAAGCUCCUUUUUUAUUAUGGCACAACAAGAUUAAGACAAACGUGAUCGAAAUAAUAGGCUGUCUGGUAAAUCAAAAAUUUUAUCAUUGGUAUAAACUUAGUUUUCAUUCGCUCGAAUGAUUUUCAACUAAUUUUGGCAAUUACUAAUUGUAUGUGAAAGAGAAUUGAGUCAGAAUUACCCCCCUACUUCUCUUGGUAUCUUCGGAUGCGGAGCCACUCAUUAAAGGUUCUUAACAAAAUACUGGAGAUUACAACUGAGAAGAGUUUUUAAGUCACGAGGUCUAGCUUAGAAAUCUGUCUGGAAAGCUAAUUUCAAGUUCCAACGCCCGUAAAGGGGGUUAUGUCAGGACAAAGCCUAUAAAAAAAUAUGCUGACUUUUGCGGUUGACUUUUGUUUUGUUUCUAUGGGAAGUUUGUCCAGAGAUCUUUAACCGAUCGGAUGUACUUGCCAUUUUAAGAAGAAAGUGCCUGAAGGCGGUGCCAGUCGACUGUGACAACAGGCGUAGAUUUUCCAGUCUCUUAGAUUUUUUUUUUAGCAGACGUUUUUAAUCCUUUCCUCUAGCGCCUAAUUCUGAAUUUCGUCUGUCAGAGAUACUUUUGUAGUUCUUUUUUUGCAUUCUGGAAGAAUCAUGAUCACAAUUCCUGUAUGAUUCUCGUUUUCCCGUUGAGUACCGUGUUGACACGUCGGUCCGUUUAUUGUGAUGUUUGAGUCUCUUGUGUAAUAAAGCCAAUGUUAUAUUUUCUACGAUGAGCAGUGUGAAAUAAGACUACGAACUGAUCCCGUUGAGGUCAAUGCUCAAAACAAGAGUCGAAGAGUCGUAGAAUCCUUAGAAACGCAAUGGCAUCCAAGGCAGAACAUACCCGGAAAACGAGGAGACACGUGAAGCGAAGACACGGUGCAACAGGGUCAUAGUACCCACACCUUGGCUAGAGCAGACUUGAAAACAGGCGGAUCUCAUUAAAGCUCAUUAACAGUAAAGCAAUUAAAAUCCUUUUUGUCUGAUUGGCCAUGGUUGUAAGUACAGUGCGGGCUUUCAUUCUUCGUUAACCAUUUCCGGUAAGUGUGCUGAUAAAUAUAAAGCCGGGGCUUGACAGCAGCGAACGUUAAAGAUAAGCUCAAACUAAACAUAUUGCAGCGCCAUGAAGUCCAUUAAAUCGAUUGUCCUUUUGCAAGCAUUACUGGGGAUUAUCGCCAUUGGCCAGCAGAUAGAGCAAGGAGACGGGAGAAAGAUCAUCAUAGUCUUGACCGGACAACGUAUCGAAGAGCCAGUCGUCUCCACAACACCUCAACAUGACACGUCCAACUUUAGGGAGAAAAAACAGAAGAAAGAGAGGUGGCUGCAACACUGGGUAAAAAGGAUGAUGUUAAAGAACAAGGAAAGCGGAUAACUCUGCUAACCGGACUGGUGGGCAUUUUGAAACAAACAGACGCGAAAGAACAUAGAAGAAGAGGUCUUGGUCUGAUGCCUUUCAAAAUGAUGUUUGUUUACCGCGCGCCAUCGGCACCAGAGGAACACUUUAAGAAAUAAAGAAGUCAACUUGAAAUAUGAAUUUCAUUAGAGGUGUAAAUUAGGUAUUACGUCAAGACAAUAUUGUUGUUAGCUAUUUAUAGAAGAUUUGCCUGGGAACGCUAUGAAAUAGUUCUUUUCUCAAGCUGUACUAACUUGUGGUCAGACAUCGGAUAGAUUUUCACACAAAAAGGGGCGUACAUGUAUUGAUAUUUCCCGACCGGAAAAUGUUCGAAAGUUAUCUCAACCACAUUGAUGGGUUGCCACCAAUCCUAAAGAUUCAAUCGACAGGGACGUGUCCGCCAUGUUGAUAGAAUAUGUAAGAGAAGACGGUAAAAAAUAAACCAAAAAUCACUUGAUGAGGACAACAAACACGGCGAUGAUGACGUCACAGACUGUCUGUUGUCGUUUUAGUUUUCGUCAUCUUUUCCAGUUGAGACUUAAAUAAACGAUAAAGCGUAAAUAGAAUCACGACAAAGAAAUAGAUGCUACUUGUGAGAGAACUACAAAGCAAUAGCCACUUAAUAUGUCAUUAGAAGGAAAAGGGGCAAAUGUCAAAGCGCGGUAGUCGGAGCUAUUAAGAAGCAAUAAAGACAACUUAAACACCA